GCUUACGGACUUUAAAAUACGAAUUAUCCAAUACGAAUCUAUCACUACUCGCGAUUCUUUCGUUUAUCGUUGUUUAAUAUAGAAUUCUUUCUAUUACGUAUUGCGCGUAACGUUGAAAAAUACGUUUAAAUACGUUUAAUAUCAAAAUUAAUAAUAUCUUGUAUGUGUUGUUGAGUUAAUUUCUACUUUAAUCCUAGAUAGAAUUGAACCGUAUUUAGGAAGAAAUAUUGGCAUUUUCCCGGGCGUUUCCGUUUCCUAUAGAUCGCUGUCACAUUUCUGUAAAUCAUAAACUGCGCCUAGAAUUCGCGUGUCGCAUGAACAUCAUCAUCCUCGUCGUAGUCCGUUGUCAUCGUCCUUUCGUUUGUUCGUUCUUUACUAAACCACUAUCACGCGAUUACAUUGUGAAAUAGAGAAAUUCAAAAUAUGUCGAGUAAGUUUGUCCGAGGCACCGCAAGCUUCUCGAAACGUUUUCUCUUCGUUGUUGUGAAAGAUAGUCGACGGAACUGUUAACGAUCUACGGUAGGUAGGCAUUGAGUUUAGUCCGUGUCCCUUUGCCCUCAAAUUCCUUCGAGAUUUGCCAGAUUAACGGUGAGGAUAAUGAGGUGAGGCAUAAGGGAGAUAAUCGAUCCGUUAUGAAGUUAUAAAUCUUCAAAGGAGAGAUCAGCGGGGUCUAACAACGAUAUGAGGCUACGAUAUAUAUCUCCUUAGCAACGUCGUGGCAAAACACUGCGUCAGUAGCAAGCAAGCUAGUGUAAUACGUCGAGGAACGUUGUCGAGGCCUAUACUCCCUUCUUCCUAAAGAAGAUUACUCUAUGGAUCUAGCAAAGAACGAUAAGAUCAACCGUGGACGGUGGAUCGAGGAACGAUAUUGAAGAGAAGGAUCGAUCCAAUUAAUUAUUUUCCAAUCGAUAUCGAUCCUGUCAUGAACGUCGGCGAAGACUUCAAUCAACUUUUUCAACUGUCCAACAGCUGACGAAGAUUAGUGGAAUUUUUCCUGAAGAUAGUUCUUUCCUUCCAAGGGAAGAUGAAUCGGGAAUUUCCAUCGAUUAUUUGCUCCAUUCUCGUCUUACUCAUAAUUCUUCUACAAAGAGCUUGGGCCAUCGAUUGUUUUAAAUGUGUUUCGAUCGACGGCGAUAACAAACCCUGUGACGAUCCCUUUCACAAUAAUGGCAGUCUUGCAUUUUUGGAGUCACCUUGUUUGGGUGGCCGCAAAGGUCGAGAUGGUCUUUUCCCUGCAACCGCUUGUAUCAAAAUAGCUGGGAUCUAUGACGAAACCGGCAUUUCGCUUACUGUCAGAAGCUGCGCGUUGGAUAGUGGAACCCUUACUACGGAUUCUGAGAUCAUAAGAAUGUCUCACUGUGGUGGUUUCUACUUUGACGAUAAAUACGUUCGGGGCUGCGUUCAAUCUUGUAAUGAUGCAGAUGCGUGUAACGGGACCACUCAGAUCAAGGAAACAUCCUUGAUCAUUUUAAUAUUACCUAUUUUUUUCGGACUCGUUUAAACGAAAACAAUUUCAAUUUAAAGAACAAUUACUUCGACCAAUGAAUGAGGAAGGGAUAUAUCUAAUUACGUUUUAAUCAUUUUCUAAACACAAAUAAUAACGAAAACUGCCACGUUACGAUAUUUUAAAACAGGCCGCCGCUUUGCAUCGAACAAAAUGAAAGUCAAUCUUGUGAAUAAUUUUGUAAGCUUAUACCUUAUGAUACGUAAGCAUAAUUUGCUACCCCGUUUUAGCUUUUCACCGUCGCUACAAUUUUCUACUAUCAUUCUGUAAAAUCGAUAGUUCGUAGAUGAAAAAAAAAAAAA